AUGGCUCUCGCACCGACUUACGCUGCCCACCGCCUGCUGCCUGCCGCUGCUGGCGCGCAUACGCUCGAGGUGUUUCUUGACUAUACCUGUCCGUUCUCGGCCAAGAUCUGGCGCAGGCUGACCAAGGACGUUAUCCCGUAUCUUGCCUCCGCUGAGCCCAAGGUGCAGCCAUGGCACCCAGCCUCAACGCUGCUGCACGAGGCCAGCCUGGCGGUCGAGAAGAUCAACCCCUCGGCCUUUUCGCUCUACUCGACCGCGCUCUUUGAGCACCAGCACGAGUUCUUCGACGAGGCUACUGUCGACAUGACGCGCUCAGACAUCGUCAACGCCGUCGAUGACACGUUGGCGGCCGGCGAGCCCAAGAAUGGGGGCAACGCCGUAACCAACGACCUAAAGUACCACAUAAAGCUGGCCCGGGCGCAGGGAAUCCACGUCUCGCCCACUGUGGUGUUUGACGGGAUCCGCGACGACGGCGUGUCCAGCUCGUGGACCCUGGAACAGUGGAAGGCCUGGCUCGCGCCUAGGCUCUGA